AUGGAGGCUUCUGCUGGGGAGGAGCAGAAAGAUAUGCUUUCGGAGGCCCCUCGGGGGGCCCCCCUCUUUGCUUCUACACCUAAACGUAGCAGUUGGCUAAGCAGCAGCAGCAACAACAACAGCAGCAGCAGCAGCACAGCAGCAGCAGCAGCAGCAGCAGCGACAGCAGCAGCAGGUCCUGUCUGCUCCCCCCAAAGGGCUCAUUGCUCUCAUACAAUUGAAGAGAUACGCGCUCGCCUCAAACCGCGAAUCCAAAGCGGCGGUGGAGGGGGUUCGGGUGUAUCGACAGCAGCUCCUUCAUUUGAGUCCCUGCCUAUCUCUCCUUCUUUGUUGAGGCAGCGGCUGCAAUCCGACGGUGCUGUUGCUGCUGCUGCUGCUGCUUCUGCUUCUGCUGCUGAUAGUCCUCGCAGCAGCAACAGCUCCAUUGCAGCAACUGCUGCAGCAGCAGCAGCAGCAGCAGUAGCAGAACCCUCAGUGUCUGUACACCGCGAAGAGGAGACACCCAGUUUUCGUAGUUAUGGUUUAGAUCCUCUUGACUCGCUUAUGCGGAGGAGACAGACAGCAGCAGCAGCAGCAGCAGCAACAGCAACAUCAGCAGCAGCAGCAGCAGCAGGGCUCAACAGAACAGCAACACAACUGGAUGCUGCAGACGCGAAAAGCUGUCUCCUUAUGCUUCAUGAGUUGCUGGAGGCAGCAGAAGCACAUCGGCAGCAAUCAGUUAAGGAGGCCCAGCGUCUUAGAGGGUUUAAUUCUGACUUAUGUUUGCUGCUGCAGCAAGCUAACAGCAGAGAGCAGCAAAUAUUCAUAGAGCUCGCAGCUAACCGCUCUCUUCUUGCGGAAGCACACAACAAAAUCCUACUCUUAGAACGCUCAGCAGAGGAAGCUGCUGCGUCUCUGAGGACUCAAAGAGACACUUUUGCUGAGCGUCUGCAAGUUGUUGAGGCGGAGCUUGCUCGGUGUACGAGGGAAAAUGAACAGCUGCGGCAGCAGCAGGCUGCGAAUGAAGCGUCUCUUCGUGAACUUGCGGCGAUUCGCGAGUCUCACGGAGCCAUUGAAAGGGAGAAGAAACAGCUUCAGUCAGAGCUGGAGGCACAAGCUGUUGCUAGCUCUCGACUGCUGAAUGAUAGAAUAGAGCUGCAGGGACAGCUGCAUCGCUUGCAAGCGCAGCUUCAAGAAGUAGAGACACCCGGUGUCUCCUUAAAGCAGCAAGACAGCAUGAAACAAAGAAUGCUGGGCAAUACCUCUUUUAUUGAGGAGACAGACGAAGAUAGCACAGCUCGUGUGCUGCUGCUGCUGCAGCAAUUUGCUGCUGAGGUGUCUCCUCACUUAGGAGACAACGAAAGACAUGAGUUGCUGGAGCAGCAGCUGCUGCAGCAGGGAGCAGCAAAGGGGAUUCUAGAGGCAUUUCAACAAUUGCGAGCUGAGAAAAACGAGUUCCACGGGUAUGCGCUGGAGCUGCUGAAUCGUCUCGAUGCAUUAGGUCUUACAGGGCCUCCUCGAGCAAACAGUCAAGGGAAUCCUGAAGCAGCAGCAGGUGCUGCUGCUGCUGCUGCUGCUGCUGCCCCUUCCGGUGCUGCUGCUGCUACUGCUGAUGCUGGUUUUGCUGCUGUGUGUGCUGCGCCUGAUGGAGUUAGCGACUCUGUCGGAACCAGCAGCAGCAGCAGCAGCAGCAGCCUUGACAUGGCUGCGGCGCAGAUGCAGCAGGAGCAGCAGCAGCAGCAGGAGACAGUCUCCUGCUGA